AUGACCGGGGAACAAGAAAUACAGUUUGCUCCUGUCCUACGCUGCGGACUGUGCAAUAAGCCGUUCGAUAAGCAGAGUACAUUGAAGAGACACGGAUACUACUGUCGCUCUCGAGGGGGUGGUCGUACGGCUAGAUCUCGUUCAUGCGUUUCAUGUGCGAAGAGGAAAGCCCGGUGCGAUAACCGGCGGCCUGGGUGCUCGCGGUGCUUGGCCAAAGGCUUUGAUUGUCAUUAUCCAGCAGCGACAUCGCCUAUAGCACAAGGAGUAAGGGCCAGUACCAACCAUGGCAAUUACCCAUCUUCGUUGCCAAGUUCUCCACCUGAUCUCCAUAACGAUCAAGAGAAUGGUGACAGGCUAGGUGCUCUCGACAUAGCGGACCCAAGCCUGACGGCUCUGAAUCUCCUAGGGACAGAUGGAGAGGAUCUUCCCACCUGGAAUACGUACGAUAUCGAAUUUCCGCCCAACUUUGAUGACCUAGAGUUCGACUUUUUGAGUGCCAUCCCGGAGGUGAACAAAACAUUGGGGAACCAGCACUCAUUGCCAGCCAAUGUCCAGCCACCCUAUCCCCAGGUCUCAGUUCCAUCACCUCUGGCCCUUCCAAGGCUCCUUACCCGCAGGCCGGAGUCAGUUACCGGCGGCAAAAGAACGACGCACCUCAUCCUGCAGACAUUAAAGUCGUACGUCUAUAUGAUGCUCCAUGAGAACGCCCUUCCACCCUUUAUUCACGCACGUUCGAUAUCUCAGCCAGUCGACAAGAAUUCUCAGGAGUAUAGCCCAAUGGGGCCUCUGGAUGCCAGCUUGAACAUUUUGCGGGCCAUCAAGAACUCUGACGGUCGACAAUCAUUUUGGAACCACGUCCGCACACAAUGUGAACAACUGUGCUCGGAACAGCAUCGGAAGCUCGAUAAUUGGGAGCUACUAGGCGCAAUGCAGGCUCUCUGCAUAUAUAUCCUGGUCAGGCUGGAUGAGGGGGAGACGAAUGAGAAUAAUCUGGACUUUCUGUUGUUGGCCGGUGCGACUGUGCUAGCUAAUAAGCUCGGUGGCAUUUAUGCCUUGGACGACAGGGCCUCUUCGUUUUGCGGUGAUAAUAACGAGUCCACCUGGGACGAAUGGAUUUUUGAGGAAUCGAGGCGAAGAGUAUCGAUCAUAUAUCGCAUCAUCAACAUACUCACCUACUUCCAGCCAGCAGCUAAGUGCGAUCUCCCAACAGAUCUGAUUUUAGCACCGCUGCCGGCAAAAAAGCCGCUCUGGGAAGCUAACGACUGGGCCCUAUGGAAGAUUGAAGCGGGAAAAGAACCAACGGUGCAGCAGACGGCCUUUGGGCUUGCUAGGUCUGGGGAGCUAGUCCGCCUGGAUAAAGCCCAUGGCCAGGGCGGACUAGGUCGGGAAGGCGGGAUAUCUCAUCUAGCGUUAGAUGCGGCGAAUGUCUCGAGGAGUUCUGCGAAUUGGGAGGAGUGGUGCUCCGGGAUGGACGCAUUCGGGGGCCUGGUCAUGCUUGCUGCUGCUUUGGUGGCAUGA